AUCUAGAGAGCAUUUUUGGGAUUCAGCUGCUAUUUCGAAAUCGAAAAUGCUGUCUAUCUAGGUCGCUCACUAGGUUUUGCAACUAGCUCUUUGUUUCACGCAUGCGCAGUGACCCAUUCUUCUCUCAGCAUCAUGGCGGCUCCCGUAGACCUCGAGUUGAAGAAGGCCUUUGCAGAGUUGCAGGCUAAAAUGAUUGACACCCAGCAGAAGGUGAAGCUGGCAGACCUGCAGAUCGAACAGCUGAGCCGCAUGAAGAAACACGCCAACCUCACGCAUGCAGAGAUCACGUCACUCCCUGACACCACUCGCAUGUUCGAGGGAGCAGGACGCAUGUUCAUUUUACAGUCAAAAGGUGAGAUCACCAAUCAGCUUUUGGAUAAGCAGAAGACCGCAGAUGAGAAGAUUAAGGAGCUUGAGGGGGACUCUGUAGUCAAUAAUUUUAUCUCUUGAAACCCAUCUUUGAUCACCAAAAUGACAUAUUUAAAUGUUUUUUCCUGUGAAAAAAAUUCUUAAUGCUUUAAAAUAGCUUGAUUGUAACACUACACCCUUGCCUCAUUUAAUACACACGGAUCUAUGAAUAUGAUAAUUAGCCCCGCCUCCACUCACUCUCACGAGCUCAGACGAGAUCCACUCGGUCAACUUACUGAGGUAAACGCUGCACAAUGGUACCACUUUUUACAAUGCCGGACACAUAACGGUGAUUAAUAUGAUUAGCCUUUUGCUUGACUAUGUUGUCAAACAGCUAAUGUUACACAAAUCAUGUUCUCGUUCUUCAUCUCAGAGUCACACAGCUGACUUCUACCAAUCAGUAUCCUAAGAAACGCUUUGAACAACUCAGAACGUCAGUGGAGAAAGGCAUAUAGUUCAUCAUAACAUCAUGUGCAUCAUACAUCCGCCAUAUAGCUAAAUCUACCCGGUUUUUCAUAUCAACAGAAAGAUAUACCGGAAUAACCUUCUUUUGAGGCUCUCUUGCGUGGUCAGUUAAUAAUAUGCUAAAGCCCGCCGGCACGUCGACGUGAUUGGUUACUAGGUAGUUUGUGACGUCAGAAACACCAGUGAUUUCAAAGCACUGGUUUGAGACUGUCUUUGGUUUACUGCAGUUUUAAAGAGAAAAUACUCAGCAAUGGUGUUGACUUAUGAAUUUGCACAUGGUUUGUCUUAAAACAUGUUAAAAACACCAGAUAGACAUAUGAGUAACAUUAAAAACUUGAUUUUCA